UAAAAACCUGAAAUAUCAAAAUUGUGAGAUAUCAAGAUAUCAAGAUAAAUAUUAAAAAGAAACAGAAACUAAAAUAUAUCAAAAAUUCGACUUUUGUGGUCUUUGUAAAUUUUUUUUUUUUACUUUUGUGCAAUGAUCUUUCAAAAUCUGUAUAUCAAUAGGUUCAUUCUAUUCUCAUUAAAAACUCAAAAUAAAUUAGAAAUAUUCAUUAAUUUUAGAGUAUUAAUGUUUAUAUACGAUUUUUUUUUCUGCUUUUAUUUAUAUAUAAUUAACUCAAACAGUUCAUCUAUCAUCAAAUGCCAAAAAAUGCAUUUUCAACUAUAAAAUUUCAUUGAAAUUAAUAUGACAGUUGAUU